AUGUAUAUCAAGCAGAUUAUCAUUCAAGGCUUCAAGAGUUACAAGGACCAAACGGUCAUUGAGCCCUUUUCGCCCAAACACAAUGUCAUCGUUGGCCGCAAUGGUUCGGGCAAGAGUAACUUUUUCGCCGCAAUUCGUUUCGUUCUGAGCGAUGCAUACACACAGAUGGGCCGUGAGGAGCGACAGGCUCUUCUUCAUGAAGGUUCUGGUUCCGCCGUCAUGUCAGCAUACGUCGAGGUAAUAUUUGAUAAUUCUGAUGAGCGAUUUCCUACCGGCAAGCCGGAGCUGGUGCUUCGAAGAACGAUUGGACUGAAAAAAGACGAAUACACUCUGGACCACAAAAAUGCCACGAAAGCGGACGUUAUGAAUCUCCUGGAAUCGGCUGGCUUCUCGCGAUCCAACCCUUACUACAUUGUUCCUCAGGGGCGAGUCACGACACUGACAAACAUGAAAGAUUCGGAGCGUCUUGUCUUGCUAAAGGAGGUUGCCGGUACACAAGUCUACGAAGCGCGACGAGCCGAAUCACUCAAGAUUAUGAAUGAGACGAAUAAUAAGAGAGCCAAGAUCGAUGAGCUUCUUGACUAUAUCAACGAGCGACUUGGUGAACUUGAAGAGGAGAAAGAUGAAUUGCGGAAUUAUCAGGAACAAGACCGCGAACGGCGAUGUCUGGAGUACACCAUCUAUUCUCGCGAACAACAGGAGAUUGCCAAUGCGCUUGACAGUCUUGAGGGCCAACGACAAACUGGCGUUGAGGAUACAGAUGUCAACCGCGAGCACUUCAUACAAGGCGAAAAGGACAUUACUCAGAUUGAUUCCGAGAUUGCCGAAUGCAAACAACAAAUAGAGUUUCUGAAAGUGGACAAGACACAAUUGGAGGAUGAGCGCCGGGAAGCUUUUCGUGCUUUAGCCCAGGUUGAGUUGCAGGAGAAAGCUCUGAAAGACAAUCAAUCCGCUGCUCAGGAAAUGAAGGCCCGACAUGAAAAUGAAUUGAAUGCAGUUCAAACAGCCAUCAGUCAACGAGAGAGCGAACUACAGACCAUAUUACCUCAGUUCAAUGCAGCCAAGGAACAGGAAGAUGCCGUGAAAUUGCAAUUGGAACAGGCCGAAACUUCUAGGCAACGACUUUAUGCAAAGCAAGGUCGAAACUCUCGCUUCAAGAGCAAGUCUGAGAGAGACAAAUGGUUGCAGAAGGAAAUUCAAGAAACGAAGAAUUCCAUCAAGGCGGUUAAUGCAGUGAAAGCUCAGACCACCGAAGAUAUUCAAGACCUUCAGAAGACUAUUGCGUCGCUCGAACCUGAAAUUGAAAAGUUGCGGAAACAGAUCGACGGAAGAGGCGAUGCGAUUCAGUCAAUUGAGCAGGAAAUCCAGAAUGCUAAGGAUGAGAGGGAUCGUCUCAUGGACCAACGAAAGGAGUUAUGGAGAGAAGAAGCUCGUUUGGACUCCAUUCUGUCGAAUUCGUCACAAGAAGUUGAUAGAGCCGAACGCAACCUUUCACAUAUGAUGGACAAUAACACUAGUCGCGGCAUUGCAGCCGUGCGAAGAAUCAAGCGUCAGCACAAUCUCGAUGGGGUUUACGGCACACUGGCCGAACUUCUUGAGGUAAAUGAACGUUAUCGCACGGCUGUGGAGGUAACCGCCGGCACAAGUCUGUUCCACUACGUUGUCGAUACCGAUGAGACAGCUACAAAGGUGCUUGAGAUACUGCAGAAAGAAAGGGCUGGUCGAGUUACGUUCAUGCCUUUGAAUCGUCUGAAACCCCGCCCGACAAACGUACCCAAAGCGAGCGAUACUAUCCCGAUGAUUGAAAAGCUGCAGUACGACCCGCAAUAUGAAAAGGCCUUCCAACAAGUAUUUGGCAAGACCAUCAUCUGUCCGAACCUUCAAGUAGCAUCACAGUAUGCGCGAAGUCACGGUGUCAACGCCAUUACUCCAGAAGGUGAUCGAUCAGAUAAGCGUGGUGCAUUGACGGGUGGUUUCCACGACUCUCGUCAAUCCCGUCUUGAAGCUGUCAAGGCAUUGACUAAAUGGCGCGAUGAGUAUGAGUCUAAAAAGAAUCGUGCAAGCGAGAUCCGUAAGGACCUGGAAAAGCUUGAUCAACAAGUAACCCGGGCUGUCGGCGAGUUGCAAAAGCUCGAGCAGCGCAAGCACCAAUUCCACGGCAACAGUGGCCCUCUACGACAGGAGCUCCGAAACAAACGUGAAUUAUUACAGAACAAGAACGAUAAUCUCGAUGCUAAGCAACGAGCCCUUCGCAAUAUUGAAAAUAAUCUUACUGCUCUCGAAGGUCAAGUGGGUACAUUGGAAGCGGAAAUCUCAUCUGGUUUCCAGAAGGCCCUUACAGCAGAGGAAGAGAAGGAGCUUGAGUCUCUGGGUAUCACUGCACAGACUCUACGGCGCCAGUAUACCGAUCUCUCAAGCAAACGUAGUGAACUUGAGGCUCGAAAAUCUGUGUUGGAAGUGGAACUGCGUGAAAACCUCUACCCUCGACUAGAUCAACUAAGCAACCCUGAUACUGACAUGGGCGACGAUAAUACUCAAGGCACAUUGAAAGAGGCUCGGCGACAGAUGAAGAAACUGCAAGAGGCUUUAGGAAAGAUUACACAUCGGCUAGCAGAGGUUGAUCAGUCCAUUUCCGAAGGCAAUGCACAAGUUGCCCAGCUUGAGAAUCGCAAGUCAGAAGUGCGCAACAACUUGGAAGCACUUGCGAAAUCAAUUGAAAAACAUCAGCGCCGUAUGGAGAAAAGCAUGCAGAAGAAAGCAGCCUUGACCAAGCAAGCCGCUGAAUGUAGUGCCAAUAUUCGUGAUCUUGGUGUCCUACCCGAUGAAGCAUUUACCAAGUACAGCAAGACCGACUCCAAUACCGUUGUCAAGAAAUUGCACAAGGUCAACGAAUCAUUGAAGAAGUACUCGCACGUUAACAAAAAGGCUUUUGAACAGUACAACAAUUUCACGAAGCAACGGGAAACGCUUACCAAGCGAAGGGAGGAACUCGAUGCAUCUCAAAAGUCGAUUGAUGAGCUUAUCAUGGUCCUAGAUCAGCGUAAGGAUGAAGCUAUUGAGCGUACAUUCAAACAGGUUUCGCGUGAAUUCCACAAUGUGUUUGAGAAGCUUGUACCUGCUGGUCGUGGACGACUCAUCAUUCAACGCAAGACUGACCGUGCCCUUCGCACGGAUAAUGAUCUUGAAUCCGAGGACGAGGAUCGCCACGAGAGUGUAGAAAACUAUGUGGGUGUGGGUAUCAGUGUCAGCUUCAACAGUAAGCACGAUGAGCAGCAACGUAUCCAGCAACUGAGUGGUGGACAAAAGAGUUUGUGUGCGCUUGCCCUCGUCUUUGCCAUCCAAGCCUGUGAUCCCGCUCCAUUCUAUCUCUUCGAUGAGAUUGACGCCAACUUGGACGCUCAAUACCGUACUGCCGUGGCUCAAAUGCUACAGUCCAUCUCAGAUUCUACAAACGGUCAGUUUAUCUGCACGACGUUCCGGCCUGAAAUGCUCCACGUUGCGGAGAAAUGCUAUGGUGUCAGCUUCCGCAACAAGGCUAGUACCAUCGAUGUGGUUUCCAAGGAGGAAGCUCUCAAGUUCGUGGAGGAGCAAAAGUCGUAA